CAUUCACUUGAGGAAGAAGAAAAAGAAGAAGAAGAUGAUGAUGAUGCUGAUGAGGCUGAAGAAGACGACGACGAAGAAGAAGAAAAUGAUGAAGAAAAUGAAGAAGAAGAAGAAGAAGAAGAAGAAGAAAAUGAUGAUGAUGAUGAGGAGGAGGAGGAUGAAAAAGUAAACGAAGAAGAAGAGGGCUCUUCUGUGCAUCUGGUUUGGGGACAUGAAGGGUCGGAGUUUGAUGAGGGAACGAGGGACAGCGAUUCCUACCAGGUGGACUAUCAGCCCGUCCAACCUCACGAGCGCUACCGACCUACCGUGGUGCAUCCGCGUCGUGUUGUCGGGCCUCCACGGUACUUUCCUCAGCAUCCACAACAUCCUCUUCAACAACCACGGCGUCAAAUGCCAAUGAACCAGGCUUAUUGGAACGAACACGAUGCAGACGUUGGCUAUUCCGAGGAGGACGAGGCAGAGGACGAGCCAAUGUCUUACCGCGGGCGCUACUGA